AUGAGUGUCCGCCUGGUCGACUUGCCGACGCACGUCGCGCACCAGCAUGCAACCCCGUUGUCGUGGGACGGGGGCAGCGUGUGCGUCGAUUGCCUUCUGCACGCGCUCGAGCAGGAAGAUCCCGUCACCGCCCUCAAGUUCCUCAGAACGAUCCUCCAGAGCCUCGAGAACGGCGACGCGGCUCUGUGCGGCAUCCUCGGCACCGCGGCGCGGACCACGGUGACGCGAGCGCUCUUGAGCGUGCUCCAGGCGUCCCGCGACCCCGAAGCCAAGGCGCUCGCUUGCGAGAUUCUCAAGCACGUCUGCUGCGGCUCCGACCCGCCGUUCGCGCAAGGCGUGUUCGAGGGUCUCUUGGCUGCUCUCGAGCAGAGUGCCCACACUGGCACAAGGCUCACUGAGUGCGAGAGCGCCGUGACGUGGCUGCUUUCUCACUUCCGUGCUAUCGACCCGGCCUACUGCGCCCGCUGCGGCGUGGCCGUCGCAGCGGCCGCGAGCGCCGUCCUGCAGCACGCCUGCGGCGUCCCUCCCAGCGUCGACAACCUCGAGCCGUCGCUCGCGAGUCUCCGCAUGGCGAUUGCAGUUGUCAAGGUCACGGAGGGCGAGAACGUCGACGCGGGGGUCCGGGACAGCCUCACCGAGGCCGCAGCUAGGCUCGCACUGGCCAUUGCCGGCGCGGCGAGCGACGCCGACCACGCGAGCGCGGCGCGCGUCCACGCUGAAGCCCUAGCUGCACUCAGCCUCUUUGCUCCGACCCCGUCGCUCCGGAAACAAAUCGAACGCAUCCCCGACCUCGUCCAGAUCACGGGAGGCGUCCGCGUCACAGCCCCUGCGGCGGAAUCCGCGCUAGCUGCGGCGCUCAUCCGCCUCAUUCGCCGCGGCCUCAUGAGCCAGAAUGGACAAGAGCAGUUAGGCGCCGCACGACUGCUCUUCCGCGUCGUCGAGGCCGCGAGCGGCCGCGUCCUCGAGGCCCUCGUCGCCGUGUGGGACGCCGUCGAGUACACCCUCGAUGCGCUGCGGACGGCGGAGCUGCGCCCUACGGGUGCUUACUGCAUCCACGCGCUGCUGCAGCUCGCGCACGCGGGCGACGCGUUCCGCUCCAGGCUGUCCUGCGCGCAGCUCCUCGCGUGCGUUGAGCGCGUGGAGCGCGCCGGGGACCAGCCGCUGCGGGCCGACCUGUUCACGCUGCUUGGGGAGAGCUGCGACGCCGCAACUGGCAUCAGCUGCACCGCCGCGGUGCGGGAGCAGCUGCUGCGGGCGGCGGUCGCGGGGCUCCCGGUCGCCGCGCCGUCGGGCCGCAGGACGGACAUGGCCGGCGAGGACCUGCACGUCGCGCUGAUCGCGUGCAACAUUCUGGCGACGCUGCUCCAGGAGGCGCCGCACCGGGCUCAGGCCCCCGGGGGGGGUCUCUGGGCUGCGGUCGAGGCAGCUGUGUCAGGGUGCAGCGCCGUCGCCGCCCCCACGCUCGCACGCGGCUACCUCGCGGCCUCGCUGGACGUGCUCUUCGUCGCGCUGGACGUCGGGGUCCUGGACACCCCCCCCCGCAUGUCUGACACCGACAUUUUCGGCCUGCUGGAGCGCCACGUCGUCACGGCGUGCUCCCAGGUCGUCACGCAGCUCCAGCGCGACGAGGCCCUCGUGUUCAAGGUCGCGGACCUCUGCCUGCGGGUCCUCCAUGACGGACCUGACUCAUGCGGCCCCGACACAGGUGCACCGGACGGCGGCGGCCGGGCCGCCCCGCGCAGAAACGCGCUGAUCACCGCCAUGGUCGCGCACGGGUGGAUCGGCUUCGCUGUGGCGCGCAUCCAGUCUCUUCAGAUGCCGGAAGCGUCGCAGGCCGUUUGGCGACUUGCGCUCUCUCUCGCGGGCGCCGUCCUGCCGCCCUGCGGCCCCGCCGGCACCGAGGCGCCGUCUCCGCCGAUGACGGUGCACGAAAUCCGCCAGGCGAUGGCCGGUGGUGCGCAGGACGCGAGCGCAGUCGCAGCGGCGACGCUCCUGUGCUGUGCGCUGGCGGCGACGGGCGACACGGCGGCUCUGAGCCGUGCGGACAUCGAGGCGGCGCUCAGGAGCGCGCUGCGCAGGCCGGACGUCCCGCUGCCCGAGGUGACGGUGCGGGUGCUGGUAGGGUGCGCGGCUGUGUGGCCGGCAGCACAGGCGCCGGCAGCGGAGCUUGCGAGCUUCCAGGGGGUGUUUCUGGGCGGCGCGGACGACGGAACGCGGCGCGCGGUGUUCGAGGCGCUCCUCGGCGGCGUUGCCGCGUCGCCCGGAACCUCUCGAUCUCAGCCUGCGACGAACAACCACGAAACCACGACUGCGCUUUCGACGACAGUCGCGUGGGUCUUCGACGUCCCGGCCCUGCAGGACGUCGCGCGCCACCUCCUCCGCUACCUCUCCACGCUGCCCCACAGCCGCAUCCUCCCCACAACGCGCGCCCUCCUGACGCACCACGGAGCCGCAAAGAGCGCAUUUUCAACCAUCGUCGCCGCCUGCGCCGCCGCCGACCCAACGGUGCGAGGCGGCGGUAUCGCUGGCGCGUCUGGCUGGCUCGUGCUGCCGUGCCACGGGGACGCAUGGGCGUUCGGACAGCACGGGUGA